AAUUGUACAAAUAAUCAAGCAGAAUAUGAAGUUUUGAUUAUUGGUUUUGAGAUGUUGGUGGAGCUUAAAGUAUCCAUGGCUGAAGUUAUAGGGGACUCACAACUAGUCUUGAAGCAAUUGUUUGGUGAGUACAAAUGUACUAGCCUUGCUUUAGCCCCUUAUUUUGCCUUGGCUGUGCAAUUACUGGAAGAAUUUGAUGAUGUGUCUAUCAGACAUGUGCCUAGAGACCAGAAUUAUGAAGCUAAUGAAAUGUCCCAUAUUGCUUCAGGUCUAGAUGAAAGUUUCGAGAUGUUGUUUGAUGUCCAUGAUGGGAUUUGUGGUGCACACCAGGCUAGGAUCAAGAUGCACAGGCUGAUUUGCAGGCAUGUCAGGUCUUUAAGAAUAACGAUUCAACAUAAUCUCCAGUCUAGGGAAUACGAUGAGGCCAUGAUGCUUGAACUUGAGGAUCUUGAAGAUACACGUUUAACAGCUUUGGAUAGAUUGCAAGCUCAAAAGCUUAAAAUUGCAAAGUCUAACAACAAGAGAGUGAAAGGUAAAAAUCUGGCAGUUAGAGACUUGGUUUGCAAAGCAAUUUUACCUCUUGGCAAGAAAGAUCACAGAUUUGGGAAGUGGUCCCCAAAUUGGGAAGGACCAUUCUGAAUUCAUGAAGUGUUGAGAGGGGGUGCUUAUUGGUUAGAGUCACUUGAUGGAGAGUUUCAUCCUAGAAAAAUCAAUGGAAUUUAUCUCAAGCCUUAUUACCCCAUAGUUUGGGAGGCAAGAGGAAUGGAGUCCCAAGAAGCUGUCUAAGCCAGGUUCACACUUUUUUUUGUGGAUAAUUAAAUUGAGUUUCUUUCA